AAUCGGUGGGUUCAGAAGCGGCUCCGUGGGGUGCGAGUGAUCCGAGUUGGACACGGUGUGGAGGGUCACCGACGACACUGCGGACAGUCGUCGGUCCCGCGUGAAUGAUGAGCGUGCAGAAGAGGCCGUCUGCGGAACCACCGAGCUUUCCGACGAGAAGAGGGCCUGGUGCAGGAACAGGGCUGCCAUAGCAAUGUUGUCAGACGGGUGUGGGGGCGAGGAUGCAGCUGGAACGUGGCGGAUGCGACUGCGCUCGUGUACCCAUUGACCGAGGCUCGCGAGCACUGCGGGCGGGAGCUAGCUGGCGUGGCUGUUCGUGGCACCGGGAGGUUCAACUCGGUCUGGGCAACGCCUCUUACCGCAGAGCAAGACGCCCACGCUUGAAGCAUCUUAGUACGGUCCACCCAAUCGCGGCAGCGCUACUGAUGCCGGGUUGCGAGGGACAUUUCCUAGGAACGGAAGACGUAAUCCUCGCCUGUUUUGGUUACACCGUCGAGUUCGCCGCUGCGGCCUUGGGAGUGUUUUGUUAUGCACAGGGAAGAAGGUACAGGCCGGCGGCCACGGCAGAUGACUGUGUCCCAAGACGAACCAUGUGGUACGCGGGCGGCGGGCCCCGGGGAAAGUCAACGGGUUGCUGCCCGGUCGCAAGGCAACCAGAUCUACCGACGCGCUGACAAGAUCUCUCCCAACAAAAGCUUAUUCUCGCUGUGACGUCGAUCGCUGUACACACAUCGCACAGAGGGAGUACCUGCAAAGUCUAUGGAUCCAAACAGAGAUACAGAGGUAGAUGUGUGAACAGGUAAGCAAGUCGCUACUGGGGAUAUAAUCAGAGAUGGUGAUUACGACAAGGCACCC